AUGGUGCAUGAACACUUUCUGGAAAAAGAAUCGCGCGAGUUUUGUGCAGAAUACGAAUUUUUGAAAAGAAACUCUGCUAGAGGAGCUCAUCGAAAUGUUUGUGAGAUGUUGAUGUCGACAAGAGUACCAGUGUCCAAAAGUAAGAAUUUUCUUUUCCAAUCGAUAAUCGAUUUUCUAAACAUUUCAGAGAUCAAGACGACAACUGCAGUGUUGAGGAAACGGCGAGAAGACUUCACAGAAUCUACUGACACUGAUUCUGAUUCUGAGACACCGGAUGAAUGGUACAACGAUCAUGAAGAAAAGUUGAACGUUGAUUAUUCCAUUGAUCAAUUGGAAACUGUUUUUGAGAAGUGUUACCGUGAUGAGUUUUUGAGAAGGAAUAAUAAAUCAGUGGAUAACGAGAAGCUGAUUGAAGAAGCUGGUGUAAUGGAAAGAUUGAUUCUCCGAGAUGCAAGUGCAAGGUAUUGGAGACUUUUGGAAUAUGAAUAUGUUCUCAAAUACUUUUCGAUGAAGGUUCUAAGGGUCACAAGAGCCAAUGAAAAAGUCAAGACCUUUUUUCUGGAAUUCGGCACAGGAAUUUCUUAUAAUUGGGAAUAUUGGAGAUGUCAAGAAGACGGGAGGACAAUGAUUUGGAAAGGAUACCAUGCGAAUUUCUAUUCCUGUCGGAGGUUCCAACAAUGGGCGUCACAUCAUAUACAUUACUGUUUUCAACGUGUAGGUUUUCAAAGAUUAAUAUUCGAAACCGAAGAACGGAAUCAAUGGGAUCCAGAAAUCGAUCCUUUCUGUAAUUUUUAUAAGCAACUAGCCAAUCGAUUGCAAAAAGCGGCAAAAUUUUCGUUACCUACUCAUGUUCGAAGUUUCGAGAUUGAAUUGAAUUGGUUUGAAGAUUCCGAUGAGCAUAACAGAAUACAAACAUGGCAGUUGUUGGAACACUUACAUCCUGGAACUCUGAAAUUUAUCAAAUUCCGAAAAUGGAUGGAUACUAUGGAGCAUGGAAGGGGGGCAAUUUUAACAAUGAGCGGAUGGGAAGAAAUAAUUGGAUCAACUCAAUGGAAAGCAGUAGAGGAAUUGGACAUUUUGGAUGAAAAUAUAAAUAUGGAAGUGAAGGAUUACAUCAAUUUCAAUGUGGUUAAACUGCAUUUGCAAGCUGAGAGAAUUGUCAUCUUUUCUGAACAGGUAAAGAAUCAUAUCAAAAAAUCAAGGAUCACAUUCAACGUAAACGAAGAAUUCGAUUUCCACAAAGCUGCACAAAUUCUGAGAGCACCAUUCAUAGAGAUUAUCCCUUCGAAAUUCCUUCUGGACCACGGAAAAGAUGUCUACAUGCAACUAUUCGAAAAUGAGUCAACAAUCGUUCUCACAAUAGAACGCAGAAGAGUUGGCGCCUUUGUCAAUGGGGUUACGAGACUAGCUGGACAUGUAUCAAAUUGGUUUCAUUGA